GGGCUUGCGUCGCGAUGGUUCGACGACGACGAACGGUGAUGACUAUUCAUUACGCUGUGCACGGUCGGAGGACGGAUGGAAAUCGCGAUUCGCGACCGUAUAGGAAUAAAGGAAAGUUUUUCUCGAACUCAAGUGCCGUAUCGUACCCGCAGAAAAGUGUGUAAAGUCACGAAAUAUCUCGAUGUUCCACCGUACGGUUGCUUGCGAUCGCAAAAGUUACGCGUAAGAACGAUUCCGAAUCUGGUGGCGAUUGGUGGUCUGCUGCUUCUCUCUAUUAGUGUUGAACAGGUCGAUAACCGGUGUUGGGUGAAAAGGUGGAUACAAAAUUUCCCAAUAAGCAACAUCUGGUUAUUUGGAAUUGAAAGUAAAAUCGUGUUGCUUGGACGACUGGAAGAACCACUGGAAGGUUUCUAGUGAGUUUAGAAUAUAUUGACAGUUCAAGGCCUGCUACGUCAAUGUUUUGAUAUUGAACUAGUGUUGUUUUGUUGUGCGAAUAAAACCAGCAAAGGAGUAGUGAGCCGUCCGACCGAAUAAUUCCGGAUGGUGAAAUUCGUCACGACUAGAGUCGUGGUAGUGAUAACAGUGACAAACGAAAAACUUUAAAUAAUUGAUUUGAAUUUGACUUGUCGGAACGAUCCAGUAUCAUUUAAUCGAUAUCUAGGUUCUGUGUUUUUGUACAAUUCCGUGUUCUGCUGAACCUCACACACAGGACGGUAAUUACCGGGAGAUAGGUGAAGAGACACACGCGGAAGCGAAGCCCCGAGGGGGGCGAAAGGCACUACUGUAAAGAGCUACCUCAUUCGGUGACGUACAGCGCUAGUGCCUGUGGAUGGAUGCGGAGACACGCAAAACCCAGCCUGUCCAGUGAGCCGUAGUAGAGUACCUCGAAUCCUCUCAGGUUGACCAUAAAAGUACUGCUACUGCUGCUGCGGGUUCGAAUUGCAAAUCGUGAGGGCCUUGAUGAUGAAACACCGGAGAAUGGUGUAGUAACCAGCGAGACUAUGUGCAAAUACGGCGAAGAAAAUUGAGGACAGUAUGAGCUUACUGUUUAUAUCGAGUGGACAGCGAUCGCGACAUUUUUGUUAAAUCAAAACAUAGGUAGUCAGCAAUUAACCAGUGCAAGUGCUUACUUCGACGCUGCCACUAUGGAAGUAAUUAUCAGGGACUGGCUGCUAGAGCCUUUAACCUAGAUCUGACGAAAGCCAGAAGCAACACUCACACCUGUAGUGUAGUGCUGUGCUGUGUAGUAAUGAGAAAGACUGAUUCAUACACAUAGAGUGUAGCCUGUGCGGACCAUUUUUUUGUGUUUUAUUUUUCCCAUUCAUACGCACCUCACUUGUUUUUUAAGUCAAUGAUCUCAGCGGCUGUGGCUGCGUCUUCAAUUUCGUGUUGUUUUUAAGAAAAUCACCCCAUCAGAUUUUGCGUUUGAUUCCGCCUAAAAUAAAUCACCGUAGUAAACAAUGAUCUCGCAUAAGAAAAACUACGUCGAGCAGUUGCUUCACCUGGCGCUAACCCUGAGCCUACUGCGAGUGGAUCCUGAGAACUAUCUUGAUCUGCACUGGGAAACACGUCUGGCUGGAACCGGCGUUGGUGGCUGGCAACUGGAAUUGCGCGCUGCCCCUCUUUCCGAUCAAACCUACGUCAAUCGAAAAGCCCUACCAUCCAUAAUCGAGGAUCUAGCCAGAUUUGAUACGCAAUACAAUGUCCCUUUCAGACACUUUGACCUUCAAACCUAUUUGCUCAACAUCCAGAAUUCGAACACUACGAACCAAACAUCCUCGGCGCGAGCACCCUCCCCUGUACCGAUUCCAGCUCAGGAAGCACCAAAUUCAACAACAUCCAUCACUGUCGACCCAGUACUUUUGCCAAACUUUGAAUCAUUCGAUACGGAGGACAUUUUUCUCAGCUCGGAUCCUUUCGCCGAUAGUAGCUCGAUACUGGAACAGAACAUGGCCGAUCUAAACGAUUUUGGGGAAGCUCCCAUUAACACCUACGCACUGGAUAUGAUCCCUCUGAAGAAUGAGCUCCCAGCAAUGUUCGAAGAUCUGCUGCGGUUGCCCUUCGAGCCGGCCAGCUUUGCUGCCGCCCAUGAUCAGCAUCAGUUGCCAGAGGGGGACGAGGCUAGCAGUUCUCACGAGUGCUGUCAAGCGUGUGAUGCACGCCAUAAAGCUAUCCCUCCGGUACGGGUCAAGGAGGAACGGUUGAGCGAAUGCGAGGGCGAAGAUGGGUGCAAUAAGACUGCUGCCAACGGAGUAGUACAGGUGAAACAGGAACCUGCCGACGAACAGUUGCGAAUUAAGAAAGAGGAACCCGACGACGACGACGACAAGGAUGGGCAAGGCGAACUGAAUGUACCGGUGACUGCUGAGCUGACUCGGGAGGAAAUGGAUCUGAUCGAGGUGCUGUGGAAGCAGGACGUAGACUUGGGAUUUACCUUGACGGCCCCGACCGCUGUGGCGGCCGGAAGUGGCACAGCCAAGGGAGGUGCCAACAGUUCCGAUGAGCUGGAGAAACUUAAAGUACUGCUGGAGAUCAAGGACGAUGAAGAUAAGAAGAAAGAUGAUAAGCAGGAAGCUGAUGAAGAUCCGUGGGCUGGACUGUCGUAUACAAUUGAUACCGAGACGGGUGAAUAUGUGCUCAACGCCACGGACGACGAUAGUGAGGUCACGCUUCCACCGCCGUUAGCCGAUUUAUUCCUUGCUGAAGAACUCAACCUUCCGGAGCUGAUCAACGAUAGUAGUGAGGAAACCAGCGAAGAGUCAGCAAAAAAGAAGACAACUGCCGAAGAGGAAGACGAGGAGUCCGAGGUCAAACGAAUCGAGAGGGAACUCGAAACAUCGGCUGAUGAACUGUGCCAAGGUGGUGCUGCCGCCAGUGCCAGUGGAUACUGUGAUUCUAGUUCGGACAUCUCUGCAGCAGACACGAGCAGCUUGAGUGGUGGGCCUGCUGACACGCUCACACGCUCACUGGGUGCUUCGUCCCCGGAAGAGAACCAGCCGAGCAGCAUCUCCGUUGACGGCGUUGAACCGAAGGAAACUGCCGGCGGUGCCGCCGAUGAUCUAGACAAUCUACUGUGCGAUAUGAUGAUCCAAACGUCAUCGGGCCACUUCCAGCAUCCCCGGCAGCCGAUGCAAAACUAUGGCCACGGGAUGCAUGGUUCGCUACGGCAGGGUGGCUACCAUCACCAUCAUCACCACCAUCAUCAUCAGUCCCGUGUUCCGUUAAGCCGCGCCGUAUCGGUGGAACAGCGCUGGCAGGAUCUGGCCAACUUGCUCAGCUUUCCACCGGGCAUGGGUGUCGGUAUGGGGGUGAGUGAAAUGCCCCCGGCGCAUCCACAUCCGCACUAUCCGCCGCACUACUCCUACCAGACAACCGGUGCCAUUCCGCAGCAUGGUCAGUACCAUACACAUGCGGCCGUCCUGCAGAAUGCAUCCUUGGCGGACAUCGGACCAACACAGCCCCAUUAUGGACCGAAUUUGGGCUCGGCUGUCGCUACCAGUAUGCACCUGACCAACUCGACGUCGGAAACGGACGCCGGGGCUACCGGUUACAAGAUGGAUCACGAGAUGAUGUAUUAUUCGAACACCUCAUCGGAAAUGAAUCACACUGAUGGAUUCCUCAAUUCGAUUCUGGAUGACGAUCUUCAACUGAUGGACAUAGCAGUGAACGAAGGCAUGUACACCAUGCGCAUGCUGGAGCACAACACCAGCAGCAGCAAUUCGUCCGUGUUGGGCGGUCCCGUUGUCGGUGGAGGAUCGGCAAUUGGUCUCAACAAUCCCGCCCAUUUGGGUGGGCUAAUGUCCAGUGCUGCUGCAGUUGCCUCGGCUGCGGCUGCCGCCGGUGCCAUGCAAACGUCUCUGACUGGAUCCUCGAAUGGUGGUCAUGGUCCCGUUGGAGGUAGUACCACCGGGGGAACAACCUCCGGGGAUCGGUUGGAUGCAUCCAGCGAUAGUGCCGUUUCUUCGAUGGGCUCAGAACGCGUCCCGUCGCUGUCCGAUGGCGAGUGGGGUGACGGGGGAAGUGAUUCCGCCCAGGAGUACCAUAACAAGUACGGCGGACCGUUCGAUUACAGUUACAACAGCAGCAGCAGUCGGCUCGGAGAUGGAUCGAGACAGCCAGUGGUUGCGCAGAAGAAACACCACAUGUUCGGCAAGAGGUAUUUCCAGGAACAGAAUACAACGAUUCCGGCGCUGGCGCCGUCGACUAAUGGCUCAUCCGCGGCAGCAGGUGUUGACCAUCAAACCCAAUUGAACGCCAGUAUACCGAUUAAGUACGAAUACGAUUAUAUGACGCCAACAUCCCUGAGCCAUUUGGAAGGUGCCGUCGGACCAAUCACCAAACAAGAAGAUCAAGCCAGUGCUCACAAUCCGCUCUCCUCAGUGGAUAUGAAAUAUCCGUACUCCCUGGACUUUUCCCGUCAGAAUCCGGCCGCAGCGUCCGCCGCUCGAAGUCUCCAUCAUGACGUGAUUCAUCAUAACCACACGUACACGCUACCACACAACAAUGGCGCCAAUCCAAAGCCCCAAGCCAGGGACAAGCGGAUCCGUAAGAGUGAGGAGGAGCAUCUGACGCGGGAUGAAAAACGUGCCCGUACUCUUCUGAUCCCAAUUUCGGUUCAGGACAUUAUCAAUCUCCCGAUGGACGAGUUCAACGAACGUCUGUCCAAGUACGACCUUAACGAACAGCAAUUGUCCCUGAUUCGGGACAUCCGACGACGCGGUAAGAACAAAGUCGCCGCUCAAAAUUGUCGCAAACGCAAGCUCGAUCAGAUUGUUUCUCUCGCCGACGAGGUGAAAGAGAUGAAAAUGCGCAAAGAAAGGCUUCUGCACGACCAGGAGGUAGUUCUGUCCGAACGGAAAAGAAUACGGGAUAAGUUUGCCGCGUUGCACCGUCACGUGUUUCAGAAUCUUCGCGACAGUGACGGUAACCUGUACUCCCCGGAACACUACAGUCUGCAGCAGAGUGCAGAUGGUUCGGUUGUGCUGGUUCCACGCCGUAUCGAACGUCAGUCGGAUUUAGCCGGCAGCAGUAGCCAUCACCAGCAGCAGCAGUUAGGAAUGAGUUCAGUUGCUGCCGCUGCUGGUGGUGUUGGCGCCGGGGUUAAUGGAUUGCAACACUCUCACCAUCAUCAUCACCAUCAUCACCACCAUCCUCACCUUCAUCAGCAUCAGCAGCACCACAGCAGCAGCCAGCAUCAGCACGGCAACGGAACAUCGACUAGCGGUGGCAGCACUGCCACGAAUCAACACCGUCCGAAGGAGUGAGACCGGUCGCAACACCUCUACCAGCGGUAUCCCUAUCACCAUCAGUGGCCACCGUUGUUUUACUAACCUAGCGCAGGAUACUUCUGAAUCUGCCUGUGAUGAGCCCUUUCACACACAGAAAGAUACAUACACAAAUCUGAAGGGCAGUCAUCUAUUGAAGGAUAUACAAAACUACAGAGCAGAGCAAAGUAGACAAAAACACACGAAUCCACAGACGAACGUACCUCAGGAAUUUAAAACAUUUAGAAGGCCCUUGAAAACUUAGAAGAACCCCUCCCGCCCACCACGAGUUGAUUCGCUUCGUACAUAUACCUGACGGUAAUUGACGAAAUUGUAACAAAAGGGAGAUAACCUGUGUGCUGCGUGUGCGCUAAUUAAGCAGGGACAUUUCAAAUCAUCUUUAUUUCUUUCCCUAUGAAAAAUCUAACCACAAUGGUAGCGGGACACUAACAAACGAUGAUGCAGAUUAAUCCGAUUGAAAACUGAAUCAGAGCCAAUAAACCAUCUACGGACUCCGGUAUGUCAGUAUCUCCAGCCGAAUGUGCUCAUAUUGAGCGUGUUGAAUGAACGUGGAUUGUGCCGUCAUACAUGCGAUCACCCCUCUAAACCCAUACCCAGUUACACAGGCACAUUUUUGGAUUCUACCUUGCGGCAAAGGUGGAGCAGAGAAAUUUCACACAUUCCCGAUUGUUCAAAAUUGUUUUGAUCAAAGUGAUUUAUAGAACUAUUUUCUUUUCUCGGUUAAGGUUUGUUGAAUUCUGUGAAAUAUUAAACAAAAAAAAGAAACAUUACUAUAUCUAGGAAGCCAAAAUUCAAAGAUUGCGAACAACCGAACAUCACACAUUGUACUAACAAAUGGAUCAAAUCUUGAGCAAACAAAUCGUUGAAAGUGUGAAUUGCUUGCAAUAUUACAGUAAAGAAAAAAUGUUAGCUACACGUUUCCGAACAGGACAGAGCAGUCUACCCAAUAGGAGAUGGAAGCCGCACAAGCGGAAAAAUGAAAAACGGUACAAAGAGUACGAAAAAAUACGUUUGUGAUGAAUAUUAUUAUUUAAUAAUUAUUUUGUAUAUAGUUCGUAAUACUGGCUAAAAGAAAAAGAAAAGAUAAACAUAUAACAAAAGAAAUGGAUUAGGGAGAAAGAAAAAUAAUUUAGGCUGAACCAGAAUUAUAGUAGCAGGCACUCAAUAAUGCUUCUUUUAGUGUGUAAUAAUGAGGUGGAAAAUGCAAGUUGUUUCUUCAAUGGAAAGUAAAAGUAACUAAUUCAUAAUUAGAGGUAAUCUGGUAAGCAUCAACAGGGCGGGGAUGUCCUUCGUGCCGAAGGAAUAUCUUCCCGGCCCGUCUCUGGUUGCAUUGUUGUUUAAUUAUUGGUUGGUAAUUUGUGCCUGGUUGAACUAAUAAUCUUUCCUUUUUUUUACUCUUGCAUUAAUGCUCCUUUCUUCUAUGAACAGUAAGCACACCUGGAGAGCAGUGUGUUGUUUUGAAAUUGGAAAUUAUAAGCGAACAACAAACAUCGUGAAAGUAUGUAAUUUUUGGGUGAAUAGCUGAUAAAAAAAACUAUUGGAAUCAAAUUGGAAUACCAUUAGUCCUAAGUGCAUGUCAAAGCAAACAUGAAAAAUGCAGCGAUACUUUUAAGGCAUUAUUAAGAUUGCUAUUGUUGUGUAAAUAUAUAUAUUAUACAGAAAUAAAAACUAAAAUCUAACUA